AUGAUAUUAUGUCCUACAUUGAAAUCAUGUUGGUAUUGGUCCGAACGACAAACCAUUCCACAAAUUGUUGUUGAUCGACAAGUGAUCAUCAAGGUUCACCCUGGUACUCAUUCAUGUGGAAUUGGUACAACAUUGUUUGAUCACAGUCUCAUUAGUAUCUCAGCUGUCGAUCCACUCAAUCCUCCAAUAUUCAAUUGUAACUAUUCAUCAUUCAUUGACUUUAUGUUGAACCCUCAAUCCCAAUAUCCAAAUGAUACUCAAAGGAACAUCACAUUGGACUCGUUGACCAUCAAUGGAAGUUAUCUUAUGGCCUCCAAUUUGAUAUCAGUGAUUGGAAUGAAGACGAUGAAGUGUAACUUUGUAAUGAAUAAUGUAUUGGUCAGUGGCUUCACCGGACAGCCAAUGAACUAUCAAGCGUCAACAGGUGUCUACACCAAGGACUUCAAUGUGACCAUGAUCAACACAACCAUCUCACAAGUCAGUGGAAGUCAAGGUGCAGUAUUAUUGGACACACCCAAGCGUGUAUUGAUUGAUGGUUGUCAGUUUAUCAAUAAUCCAGGAUCAUUCUCUGCCUCUGCCAUCAGUAUACAAGGUUCACAAUAUUGGUAUGAGAGCAACUUGGCACAUAUAAGGAUAAACAACAGUACAUUCAAUGGCAACUCACAUGGAUCAGUGAUGAAGAUCAGCCGAUUCCAGAACCUUGAUGUCAUCAACUGUACCUUUAAAGACAAUGACAAUCUAAACGUUGUUUGGACAGAGUCUGGAGCAUACUUAGUAUUCAACGACACUAUAAUCACAAACAACCGACUGAAUGGAUCGGUCAUCAUAUCAACCCGUGGUUAUCACUCACUCAACCGAUGCAAUCUCACCAACAACCUGGUAUCCAGUGAUGGAGUAAUUAACCUUAAGAAAGCAUUGUUGGUUGAGCUUAACUUAAAGGAAACGAGGUUCUUGAACAACACAUAUUACUUGAGAGACAACGAACAAGUACUAGGCUUGGACAUCAACUUCAACUCUGGCUUUAAAAUCAAUGGUGGAUACUUCCAAGAUAUCAGAGAACCAUUGUUAUCUGGAUUCCCAGAGUAUAUUUAUGAUGUUGAUAAUACUAAUGUGACCUAUCAUAAUGAUCCAAGUGAUUGUCCUUGGGACCAACAGUCAUUAUAUAGAGGUGAGCAGUUGGGAUGGCAAUGUGUAAAGAUAUGGUUCAAUUCUGUAAAGUAUCAUGAGAGCAGUAGUGAUGAUCAAUGGUAUGAUGACGAUAGUGAUUAUGGAUAUCAUAGCACAAUGAAACGAGCUAUUCUUAUUGGUACCAUUGGAUCAGUACUAGUUGGGGUGACAUUCAUCGCCUCAUGUGGAGUGCUCAUCAGAGAGAUGAAGAAGAAGGUGGAGUUAAAGCAGGAUUAA